AUGCCGGGGGUUCGCCCCGCCGCAGGGUUGGGGAGCCACGGGGGCGGGGAGUUCUGCCGGGGCCAACCGGAGCCGCCGGGCAAAGCGGAGCCCCGGGAGCGGGGAAAGCCCCGACGGAGCCACGGGCAGCCCACGCGCCUGACUCUGUCCCGACACCCCCAGUGCGGCAGCGGCGGCUCCACGUGUGUCAGCCUGGGACGGCAGCGGCGGCGGCACCGGGAGCCCGGCGAGGCGGCGGCGGAGCUCGGAGGCGGCUCCAGGACAGGCAGGGAGCCGCAGCGGCCGUGCCGGCGCUCGGUGUGCCCGGGCUCCAAGGCGCCGGGGCAGGGAAUGCGGGGCACAAUGAGAGAUGCCGGCUGUGAGCAGGAGGAGAAUGAACUCUGCUCCAUCCGAGCAGUUGCGAAUGAGCCCCAGCAUCGCCAGCAGGGACCAGCAGCCGCGGUUCCACACCUGCCUGGGGCCCAAGAAGCCUCUUGGCAUAAGCAGGGGGAUGCCACUUGUGAGUGUGCAGUGAGUGCAGAUGUGGAGAAUGGAUUCUGCACCAGCGAUGGGAGUGUGAGGGAGCCCCUGGGUCCUCAGGGCACAUCAGCAACCAAGAAUGAACACAAAAGGAACCUCAGAAGAUUCCUGGGUGAAUGGAUCAGGGGCCAUCCCGUGGGCACGGCGGUGCUGAUUCUGCUGCUCCUGGUGCUGGUGCUGGCUUUGGGGGUGGCCUUGGCUGUGCUGGCAGCACCACAGGUUCCAGUCACAGCUGCGACUCCGCUGUCACUUCUGGGCUGUCCCCGUGGCUGGGUUGGCUACAAUGGGGUCUGCUACUACUUCUCACGGGAUUACAGCACCUGGGAGCAGGGUCAGGAGCGGUGCUCCGAGCUCGGGGCCUCCCUGGCCAUUGCCAAGGAUGAGGAGGCCAUGGAUUUGCUCUCCCGUGUCUGUGGGAACGUCGAUUACUGGCUCGGGCAGCCCAGACGGGGCGAGCGCCUGCACUGGGGGGACGGCAGCAGCUACAGCUCCUGGGUUCCCGUCCUCGGCAAUUCCCAGUGUGUGUACCUGGCUGACAAGAGAUUGAGGAGUGACAACUGCUCCAGUGAGCGGCCGUAUCUCUGCAGCAAGGCCCCAGCUCCCCUGUAACAGGGGCUGCAGAAAGGACCUUCUCCACACUGGGCAGUGCCAGCUUCACCUCUGAGCCCAGCACAGCGCUGUCCUUCCUCAGCUGCACCCUGUGCCUUGCCCUUCCUCUCAGGGUCACCUCAGUGCCUCUUCAUGCCCAGUGCCAACGCUGGGCUGGGGCUGCAAAGGAAAAGUCUCUGCAAUCCAUCCUGCCACUGGUGCUGCCUGCAGUGAGUGCAUUGCCCUCAUGACACAACAAGCCCCAAUGGGAAAUCCAA